AUGACGAUACUCACCAACCCUUUAUACCGUCCACUUUUGGAAAUAAUCAGAUCGGCAAGAAAUGGUAUUGUAUAUGGCGGUAAAUUACGUUUUUCACACGCAUUAGUCAUAAACCUAUUGUACAGGUCUGGUCCCCUAGGUCCACGUAUGAAAUCAGUUUUGGAAGCAUCAAAAGACCAUGCUGAAGUAUUGGCCUCAUUUGCUAUAAUUUAUAAGUUGGCAGUUAAAAUUCUACAAAAUGAAGCCUUUUUGGGUCCUAAAAACACACAAUUACCCAAAUUCAUUGCUGGUUGUUUAGGCUCUUGGAUUGUUUAUUCUGGUCAUUUCAAUUUAUUUCAUGGUGGAAUAACUCAUCAAAUCACCUUGUACUGUUUUUCAAGAGUCAUAAUUGCAGUAGGAAAGAUUCUUUUGGAUAAUUAUCUUGGCUGUUUCCAACCUAGUUUUACCAAUUUUGCUGGUGAUCAAAUUACGUAUCGUGAUUUAACUCUGCAUCAACAAAAAAAGUUGAAAAAUAUGAUUUAUAACAGACUGUGGAAAUAUUUUGCCAUAUUGGUUUGGGGGUUGGUUAUGUUGAUUUAUGAUUAUAGACCACAGUAUUUGCAGAGUUCAUUGAGACAUUCAAUGGCAUAUAUUUACGAUGUGGAGAUGGACACGUGGUCCAAUUGGAAGGAUUUCUUGGGAAUUUAA